CCUGGGCAACUUGAGCAGGAAACAAGGCCGCCACCCCAAGUCGAAGAGCAAACACUGACCAUGACGAGAAGCGAGAUACAGAGGAUGAUAGCAGAGGCAGUAGCGGCCCAACUCAAACAGACGCAAGUCGAACAACCCAGAAUCGACCGACCAAGGGUCGAGCAACCUCAAAUCGAACAGCCUCCCCCGGAGCAUGAGCUGCAAGCCCAAUCCCACGAAAGACAGAAUAGAAGGGCGGACGAAGAAGAGUCUUCUGUCAGAACUGUCAAUCCACAAGCAAGGAACGACACUCUCGAGCAGUUGCUAGCUCAGGUGCGAGACCUGCAGGCUCGAGUUGAAGAGAGAAAAACGGGGAGCUCGAGAGGACACCCCUUUUCGCAACAUAUUCUAGAUGCUGACUUGCCUCAGGGGUUCAGAGAGCUUAACAUCUGGUACGAUGGGUCGACUGACCCCUCUCGACAUCUGAGGAGUUUUGAAGACAUGGCAGUAUUGCACCGCUACAAUGACCCUGUUCAAUGUCGAGCUUUCUUGACGACUCUGCGAGGACCUGCGCAAGACUGGUUUCAUCAGUUACCCCCGGGAGCCGUCAGGGACUUUGAUGGAUUUAACUCGAGUUUCCUAAACCAAUUUGCAAGUGUGAAGGCCCAAGAGAAAUCUUACCUUACUUUGAUAGGCAUGCAACAGAAGGAAGGAGAAUCAUUGAGGGAUUACGUGGCGAGAUACACGCGGGCGUGCGUCGAUGUCCCCUCGGCCACUGAAGAAAUCAAGUCAGGAGGACUCACCAGAGGACUCCUCCCGGGACUGUGCAGAAACUCCUUAGCCAAACGACCCGGGAGGACGUUCGAUGAGGUCUUAGGAAGGUGCGCCAAUUACAUGAAUGUAGAGGAAGCAGAAGACGACUUUCUGCAAGUAGCUAAAGCAAAAACUGAAUGCCGUGACGAGAAGAAGGAUAAAAAACACUUCCCGGCGGUAGUAAGGAAGGGAUCCCCGAAGCCAGAAA